GUGCAAGUCCUCCGUUUUUGUCAAUUGACAACGUUGCAAAUGGUUCUUGUUCAAAUAAAUCCUUGAAUUGCUUGAAUAUUAACGAACGGAUAGUUAAAGAUUCUACCCAAAAAGUACCUUAAACUGCUCUUUGAAAUAAAAAGUUUUUUCAAGAAGUACGCGCUGACAUUACCACUCCCAGAGUCAUUGUCACAAUGGAGACAAACAUUUCAUUAUCUCGACUGAAAGAGCCGGAAUUUUUUCCAGAGUUUUGGAAGACAAUAAUGACAGAGGUAGUAGCCUUUGUUGAUGUUCGAACAGGUUCAGACAACAGAUCAAAAAGUAUUGCAAAUGAAAUGGAGAGAAUGGGUGCUACAGUUGUACAACAUUUUUCCAAGAAAGUGACUCAUGUGAUAUUUAAAGACGGCUCAAAACCCAUCUAUGAUAAAGCAAAAGCUUUAGGCAUCCCGAUCGUGUCCUAUUUAUGGGUUGUUGCAUGCAAAGAAAAGGGAGAAAUGGUUUCCACCGAAGAACAUGCAGCCAUUAAUUCACAAGACUAUGAUUCUGAGUUCUUCAAAUGGAGGAAAGUUAAAUCAAUGCAGCCAAAGGAACUUGAUGAAGAACUACAAAUGGCAGAAAAGCGUCUUGACAGAAGAAGAAAGAAAUUUAGACAAAGUUUGUUGCUUUGUGGUGAAAGUAGUGAGGAGCCUCUCCUACAUUUCACACCUAUUGCUGAAAGAAAAUCAAUAAUUGAUACCUUGAUUGAGAGUUCACCUGCUUGCCAAGAAAGGAUUCAGCAACAACUAGCUUCCGGAAAAACGUGUGACGACGUAUUCACUGUAAAUGAGAAAGAAGAAGAAGAUUUUGACACAUUUUUUGACACUCCUCUAAUGAUCAAAUUUAUUAGCAAGAACUACUAUUCUCCUAUGGACCCAACCCCUUCGUCUAUCAGAAAAAUAUUAGCUAAUGUCCGACAGACUUCAGCAAAAACUGCUACGACACCUAGCAUGAGCAAUCAUCAAAGAAAAGGAGACGUUAGUUCAGGAAAAACGUCCCCUGACAAAGUGGUUCACGUAACCUUACCUGGAUCUCCAUUGGGCAUAAUAAACAAAACUACUGAAAACAGCAACAAGCGAAAGACAUGCUCCAGCAUGUCUUCAACAGCGAAAAGGCGCAAAGAAAACGCCGAGCAUGUUGUAGAGAAACUUCCUCGGCGGAAGUUGCUUUUCCAGCCCACAAAGCUACAUCUGCCGCAGGAUCCCCUCGUUGCUUUAACUCCCGACGAAAGUCCAAAGAAGGAGAAGAAAAAUCACCCUUGCUUUUCCCAAGUUGGAAUAAAUGUUAAAUCCCACUUCAUUCCAUAUUCUGCUAGCGGUAAAUUGAGUCCUAGAAGUGGCACAUCCCCCCGGCGUGACAGUUUAGCCGAUUUCAAACGGUCAAUUCCGAAAAAACGAAACGACCAAAGACUAUCUAGCGCUACGCUAGUAUGCACAAGCCUACAUUCGGAGCCUAUAAAGAUAGUAGAAAAAGCUAUCGAACAAAUGAAAAGAUUCAAGUUAAUAGACACAGUCGAUGAUACAACCACUCAUGUAAUAUGCGGAGAUUCACGUAGAACUUUAAAUGUUAUGCGUGGCGUUGUACGUGGUGCCAAAAUCGUGACAUUUAACUGGAUAACUGAUUCGAUGGCCAGCGGUAAAUUUUUAAAUGAAGAUGACUACCAAAUCGAGAGAUUCUCCAAUGCCGCUUCGCUGUACCGUGGGAAAAACAAGUGCCUCUUUGGGGACUAUGAAGCCAUUUUCGUCAGUUCAAAGUCGCCAAUUCCCUCUCCAGAUCUGUGCGAUAUGAUCCAAUGUGCUGGCGGAAACUUGACAAGUGUCUCGAAAAAAGCCUCCCUCAUUGUUGGUCAGUUGAAACCGGAGGCUAACGUUCCUUGCGUUGCUAGCAUUUGGAUAUUAGAUUGUAUUGAAAAAGGGGUGAUCCUUCCCUUGACUGAUUACCUCAUGAAAAGGCUCUAGUUUUGUCCGUGAUAUAAGAAAAUUCCUCGAUCGUCGAAAAAGGCUGAUGCAUGUGAAACCAACUCAGUUCAUUGUGUUUUGUGCCCAAUCCCCGGCAAGCCUGAAAACAAAUACAAAAAAUUCCAAAAUUUA